GAGGUUUAGGACUUCCUCCCCCCAGCAGUUCAACCUAAGCUGUCUAGUUUAACCCCUUUCCCCCCAUCAACUCACCUUCUCUGUCCCUUCCCACACUUCCCCCCUUGGCCCCCCUGGUCCCCAGCUGGCUCUUCAUCAGGGCUGACAGGGGGGGAAGGAGGAGGGGCAGGGAGCUGGUUGGCCCAGCCCAGGGGAUAGCCGAGAAGCGGGGCGUCGCAUCUCGGUUUCCAGGGAUUACCCUCAGAGGGGCAGGCGCGCUGUGUGCAGGAAGAUGUGAGGAGCAUCUCAAUUGUCAAACAGGGGAAACGGGAUCAGGUUUUUACUACUGCAGAGAGGAGAGAGAGAAGAGAGAGAGAGAGAGAGAGAGAGAGAGAGAGAGAGAGAGAGAGAGAGAGAGAGAGAGAGAGAGAGAGAGAGAGAGAGAGAGAGAGAGAGAGAGAGAGAGAGAGAGAGAGAGAGAGAGAAUAUCACACACAAAAAGGAAAAAAAACAGGGACAUCUAAGAAAGCAUCCGCUCGGGACCUGAGGGACCAGGGUGGAGAGGCGCAGUGCCUCCGGAACCUCGGACAGCAGCCAUCCCCUUCUCCCGUCAUCUGGCACUGUGGUGCUCUUCUGGUCUCUGUCUACAAGAAGUACUCAUCUAUCCCUGAAGUAUCCAGGAGAUUCAAUUAGUGGUGGGAUUAAUUGAGCCACCAUGAGAAAUAUCUUCAAAAGGAACCAGGAGCCCAUUGUGGCUCCUGCUGCCACCACAGCCACGAUGCCGGUCGUUCCAGCUGGACCUCCAGACAACUCCACGGAGAGUGGGGGUGCAGGGCCAACUGGAGAAGAUAUGUUUACCCAGAUGAAGGACAAAUUCUUCAAUGAGAUCCAGAAGAUCCCCUUACCUCCAUGGGCACUGAUUGCCAUCGCUGUGGUCGCUGGCCUCCUCCUUCUCACCUGCUGCUUCUGUAUCUGCAAAAAGUGCUGCUGUAAGAAGAAAAAGAACAAGAAGGAGAAGGGUAAAGGCAUGAAGAAUGCCAUGAACAUGAAGGACAUGAAAGGUCAGGAUGAUGAUGAUGCGGAGACAGGCCUGACAGAGGGAGAAGGGGAAGGAGAAGAAGAGAAAGAACCAGAAAACUUGGGCAAACUGCAGUUUUCAUUGGACUAUGAUUUCCAGGCUAACCAGCUGACCGUGGGAGUCCUUCAGGCAGCGGAGCUUCCUGCUCUGGACAUGGGAGGCACCUCAGACCCCUAUGUCAAAGUCUUCCUCCUCCCAGACAAGAAGAAGAAAUACGAGACCAAGGUCCACAGGAAGACACUGAAUCCUGCUUUCAAUGAAACCUUCACCUUCAAGGUACCCUACCAGGAACUAGGGGGCAAGACACUGGUGAUGGCCAUCUAUGACUUUGACCGCUUCUCCAAGCACGACAUCAUCGGGGAGGUGAAGGUGCCCAUGAACACUGUGGACUUGGGCCAGCCCAUUGAGGAGUGGAGAGACCUGCAAGGUGGAGAGAAGGAAGAGCCAGAAAAGCUUGGAGACAUCUGUACUUCCCUCCGUUAUGUACCCACUGCUGGGAAAUUGACUGUCUGCAUUCUGGAAGCCAAGAACCUGAAGAAGAUGGACGUAGGAGGGCUUUCAGAUCCCUAUGUGAAGAUUCAUUUGAUGCAGAAUGGCAAGAGACUGAAGAAGAAGAAGACCACAGUGAAGAAGAAGACCCUGAACCCCUACUUCAAUGAAUCGUUCAGCUUUGAGAUCCCCUUUGAGCAGAUCCAGAAAGUCCAGGUUGUGGUCACAGUGCUGGACUAUGACAAACUGGGUAAGAAUGAAGCCAUCGGCAAGAUCUUCGUAGGCUGCAAUGCCACAGGCACGGAGCUCCGGCACUGGUCUGACAUGUUGGCCAAUCCGAGGAGGCCAAUUGCCCAGUGGCACUCUCUCAAACCUGAGGAGGAGGUGGAUGCCCUCCUGGGCAAGAACAAAUAGGUGGCCUCUGAGCCUGGGUUCAUCUUACGAACACUGACAAGACCCAGAGCUCUCAAUACCUCAGUUAUGCAACUCUAGAGUAUUCUUUUGGUUUGUUGCCAUCUCCUUUCUUUCCCUCUUUUCUUUGUCUCUUUUUUUUAAAAGACAAAUUUCCCUCUGUUGGCUGUGCAAGGAGAAUCCCCUAAUAGGAGAAAGAGAAAGCUGGCUCUUAUCAUUCUUCCUCAUAGCUGCCCUGUGCUGCAUGCCCUCUCUGUUUUCUCCCUUGCUUUUUCAAGGCUUCACUCAAAUUCUACCUUUGGGGCCUCUUAUGGUGGACCCACAAAGGGUAGCAUUUCCCAUUUCAUGAAUGUUUGGGACCAACAAAAUGGUGGCACUUCCUGUUUCUUAAAUGUUCUGGACCAACACAAUGAUAAAACAUGUAGUUUCCUGAAUCAUGACUUAAGGAGAGGGCCCUACCUGCCAGCGGAAUCUUGGGAUAGCCCAGGUACAUCUGUAUGAGGAGCUCAGCUUUGGAGUGAACCAGCUGAAUGACCUUGAGCUUCUCCAUUGUUUCUGGAACAAGCAAGGACAUUGAAAGGAAUGGAGAGGGAAGAUCCUUCAGGGACAAUGAAACUCAGAGAGUCAAGGACCCAGAACCCCAAAUAUCCAAAUAUUUGAUGUGGGUAGUUAUUUGGGAAAUGUCAAGUUGAGAAGAUUGGAUUUGGCCAGAGCCUGGACCAAACCCCACCCCUGCCCCCAUGCCACCAUGGACCUUUGCCAGCUAUGCUCUCUUCCAAACAGCAGCCUCUUGGCGUAGUCAUGCAAGUAACCCACUCUGUGAAACUUGCCUUGGCUUGGGGCAAGGGGGAUCCACCAAUGUGGGGAACUCACUCCCAUAUUAGCAGCAGCAACAAAUCAAGAGAUGGAGGCUCUGUUUCCCAGAAAGAUUUAAAAAAACAAACAAGACAAAGUCCAUCAUUCUCCAUUCCCUGGAGAAGAAAGCAGGUAUUGGCCCUCCUUCUAGGAAAGGCACACACUUUGCUUUGACUCAAUUUUCCAUAAUGCUUUGCCUUUUUAAAAGGACACAACUUUGGAGUGGAGACAUGUCAUUGAUACAGUCAGAGAACUUUAGCCAUAAAAAGGUUAGAGUGAUCUUAGGUCUCUGAAGUCCAGCUAAGAACUGGAAGUAGGUAAGAAAGACAUGGGGAGUGGACACUUUUGAUCUGAGUAGCAGAGACAUUUCUUGGUGAGAGACAAAAGCCAGCAGUGGGAUUUUUUUUUCCUUUUCAGUUCCUUAGGUUAUCUCCUUCAUUCCUCAUUUCUGUGCUGGAGGAAGGGAGAGGUUAUUUUCAGAUGGAGGGACUGCAGAGAGGCUUGCGAGGACGUCCCCUGACGUAUUUUUCUAUAAGGAGUUGCCUCUCUGGAUUCCAAGAAGCAUAGAAUAUCCAUUCCAAAUGGGCCAUUGGAAGCCUGUUGGGGGAACUGCCCCAUUGCCUAGCCCUGGCCCUGAUCCUGUUAAUCCCUUACCCACAGCAUUGAUAAAAGCCAUAUAUUUGUUAUCCAAGAUUGCACUGAGUCCCCUUCCAGGCCCUCCAGCCCAUUCUCCCACCUACCAAAUGAAGCACAGGGACCUCAUAUCCUUGUUGCCUCAUCUCCUUUCCAACCCCAAGCCUUUUUUUUUUUUUAAAGCAGGAGAAAGCCACUGUUGGCCCAGGAAGCAUGCCCUCUGAUGAGCACAAAAUGGCAGAACUUCCUGUCUCACCUGAUCAUGGCCACAACUGUUUUCCCUGGUCUACAAAACUAGGUGGGGGAGAACUAGAAGGAAUCGAGACAUAGUGGUGGGGGUGGGGUGAGGAAAGGGCAGGUCACAUCUCUAGGUUUCACUGAAGAUGGACAUAAAGUUACUUUUUAGGUUAAGCAAAUGAGGAGGGAUACUUCCUAAGAAGCAGGACCGAAGCCUGCUGGCCUUGAAAAGUGCAUCAGGCUUUCUGCUAGUGUUCCCUGGUGGCUAGGAGGCUAUUUUUAUACUAGAGAUUAUUUUUUUUAAAUGAAGGAAGAGUUGGACUGUAAUAAGAAUAAUGGUUUUUAGUCUUUGCUGACCAGAACUGUGAUCUUGGAAGCAAUGGUGGGAGAAUUAGGGUUCUUUAGAUAGGGCACAUUGUUUGAUGGGAAGGACCAUGGUACUCUUCCCCUCUUGCAGAAAGACAUUUGCAGUUUUUAGUGCUUUCUAAGCAUCUCUUUCCCUCCCUUCCACUGUUCCCAUUUCUCUCUAAACAUAAGCCCAUUGAUCAGCUCUUCUUUUAGCUUUCAGGUUUUCUUCUAUUCUUUUCUCUUCAUCUUCCCCUCCUAUCUGGACUUUUCUUCCCUGAGAAAUCCAGUCUCCUUACAGUACCUUCCAUUACGAUCUUCCCCUUUCCCCCCAGUUUCAAUAGUGCUGCCACAUAGGAAGCCUAGAUAAAACAGGCAUGUUGGCUACUCUGGCUAUGUACCCACUCAGAGGCCAAGCAACUAGACUGGAGCCCUUGGAGUCCCUUCCUGUGCCCUUAGAGGGGCUCCAUACUUCAGUGAGAAUCAAGUGAAUUUGAAAUUUGGCCCAAAGCCAGAUCUGAUCCUGUUAGAUAAAAGGAAUGGGCAGUCAGGGGUCAACUAGCCCCUGAAGAGCCAGGGAGGCUCCUGAAGUGGGAGGGGGAUGGAAGGGGUUGUAAUUCUCUCUGGUUGGACAAGCCAACCAAGCAGAUUAGCACCUCCUGCUGGCCUUGAGUUUUUGGAGAGGUUCAAGAGAUCAGAGUAUGGAGUCUCUCCACACAAGCGAAGGUUACUGUUUUUUCAGUCCAUGGGACACUAUUGGAAACCCUCGUUUCCAUUAAGAUCUGAUUCUGGGGAUCCCCAAUCUCACAGUAUUGCCUGUGACUGGUGUUGGGUUCAUAGCUAGAGAAAGGCCGUGUGGGCCCAAUGGGACCUCUGUUCAUUUGAGGGACAGCUGAAGCUCCCACCCUCUCUUCCUCUUAGGGAUUCAAUAAACCUGACCCUCCCCCCUUGUUUCCUUAUUCUCAAAGCCCUUGCCAUCCCCGCCCCAAUUCCACAGGGAACCCUUAGUUCCAUAUCCUAACCCAAAGAACCAUUUUUUAAAUCAGAAAAGUAAGAUGCUAAUUACUUCCCCAGUCUAGAGCUUUGGAAGGCCGAGGCCAUGAAACCACAAAUCUGGUCAGUCUGGGAGAUGGGGCAGAACUCGAUGCCCUCUUUUCCUCCCUCGGCCAACAAGGAAAAAUGGAAAUAACGGGAAGUCCCAGACUACCCUUUCCAAAGGAAGUUAGAGGGCGGGGAGAGAUGACUGAUUGGACCUUCGGAAGGUUCCGUUAGGGCAGAAUCUCCGAGGGAAGAGAGUCAGAUACCACAGUCCGUUGCCUUAUGGUUUUCUGAAAGAGUUCCUUUGCCUCUAUUGAGUGGGGAAACACGGGAUUCUUAGAGUGGUGAUAGAGAUAUUUGGAGGAAGGUUAGAGAUUUCCUACGACGACAGUUCAUGGUCUGUAAGUGGUCUUGUAGCCAAUUCGAUUCCCAUUUACCGAAGGUUCCCCAUAUUCGAACCCAGGAACAACCCUCUGCGAUUCAACCUCCCGCAGUCCAUAUUAGGACCCGAGUGCCAUCUGCUAGGUUCCGUGGGCCCUGACCCUAGAGCGUUGGGCGGGCUGGGAGAGACGGUGAGGCCACUCUGUCCCGAGGGAGAUGCCGUAGAAGAGUCCUGGUGUCUGGCUGUGUGGGGAGAGGGUGGCUAAGUUCCCUCCGUACCUUUCUCUCUCCGCCUUCUCCACCACCCUCUCCCCUGGAGGGCCAGAGACUGCACACAAAGAAUUUCACUUCCGGUGUUUUUCAAACUGCAAUAUUAAGAAGGGGACACUGUGAUUGAAGACACAUGAAUAUAAUUCAUUUUUUUAAGGGACAAAAAAAAAUUUGAACCAACUGAAGCCAUUCGAGCCUCAUCUGAUGCCCUUUCUGUUUGUGGUUAGUAAUAUAUAUAUAUAUAUAUAUAUAUAUAUAUAAAAGAAGAUUAUAUAUAUAAUAUACAUCUGAACAAGACAUUUAAUUAAGGUGCAUGUUAAUAAGCCUUCUGUACAUAGCCGCAUGACAAUGCUGAGAUUUUCUCCCUCCUGAUCCACAGCCCAUUUUACAGAACCCAUCAAGGCUCUGACGUCAUUUUUUUAUGUGGUAUGAAUGAGUCCUGUCUUCCCCACCCAAAAAGAGAAAACCCUCCAUCGGUGGCCAUCAUGUGACUGAGAGCUCCUCCAAUAGGGGAGUUGGCCUUUUGCGCAUGCGGUCUGUCUACGCUGUAAGAAAAUCAGGACCCACCUCCCUCCCUGGCCCCUGCCCCGUGCCGUCGCCCCCAGCCCCUUGUCUGUCUUUGUUGGGUUUUGUAGAACCAAAUGUAUCCUGUUGCACUGUACCCUAAUCUGAUAUUUAGUGUAAAUGUGGCUUCUGUGUUUCCUGUGUAACGUAUCUGUCCCUCCCGAAGUCUGAAUUAACUGAUAAGCCAUAAUAGGGCCGGCCUGUCAGACACCUGCCCUCUAGCCCCAAACUUGUCCCUUCCAGUGAGUUUCCUGAGGAUACUCGUGAAGGGCUCACCUAUUGCCUCCAUCCCCUCUCCUACACCUUCCUUCCUUAGAGGUAGUCUCGCUCUCUUUCCUUGGGGUCCUCAGGAGAUGAUCUCUGGCGAGCUUCGGCAUAAGCUUGAAACCAUUGCUAUGGUUUCAAGGUUUGGGGUUCUCGUCUUCCUUGACGUUGGAUCUCCAUCCCUUUCGGGAUCAAGAUCAGUUCUUCCGGAGCAGCAAGCCAGUUGUUCUGGUCCUACCUGCCCCAGUUUCCCCCCCUGUAAAAAUGUGUGUGCGUGCGUGUGUGUGUGUGUGUGUGUGUGUGUGUGUGUGUGUGCAAAUCCCUGCUUUGCUGUCCUUGGAGGGUGAGUAUGAGGAUUGGAUGGACUUGGGUGAAGUACUGGAUGAGAAAACAUCUGGUAAAACAUUGCCAAGAACACGCUUCAAAGGGCAGGGAUUAGCGCGACUCUUUUGCCCUCUCCUGCCCUGCUAGUCGGGGCAGCUCUGGUUGAGAGGGGCUUAGAAUAGGAGUCAGAACCGGGAACUUCCCUUUGGUUAAACCUCUGCCAUGGAAACCUCCAUCCUGGAGAAGGUAUGAAGAGGGAGAGAUGGAAGGAAGGACUUGGAUGCUCGGGCUGGAAAACUCUUGGCAUGAUGGAUGGCUUCGUGGGCUUCCCAGCUCAGGGUUCAGCAACUUCCUCCUGUAGGGCCACUAUUAGAGCAGGGUUACGGCAUGGCAUAUAAGUGGCAUUAGGGAGUGGCUGAGAUCCAUCCAGUUAGUUCACACUCCCAUAUGCCCUCACUCAGCCCAUCCCUGAUAGAUAGGCACAUGGAAGAAAAGGGAAUCCCCACUGAGGGAGAGCUCAGGACCUGUCUCAAGAAUGGGAUAUGGCAGAAGUUGGGGGGUAAUUAUCAUUCUAGAGAAGGCUGAGGACAGCCCCCCAUCCUGAGAUACAAGGCUUGGGGAAGAUGGCAUGGGGAUGGUAUGGAAGAGUAGAGAGUGGGGAGAAGAGAGGAGGGAAGCCUGGUUCCUCUCUAGUCCAGGCUGGGUGGAUGUGGAGAAUGUUCACACUUCUCAAAUCCAGAGCCAAUUGGCAAUUGAACUAGUCGAGUUACAGAGAAGGCCAACGCAUUGGACUGGAUGAAAGGAGGGGUGAGUGGUCAGGGAAUAGGUGAGCAGCUCCAUCCAAUCUGCCUUGAGGGUUAGGGUUCUGGAGCUUCUAGAAAUGAUUCCUUACACAACUCUGAACCACUGUUUCCAACCCCCAAUCCAGAACACUGGCUUGCUUCUUCCCGAAUAUCCUGGGACCUACAGAACCAGAGCUGGGGUGGACCUAAGGAUACCUCAUUGUCCACCCCUACCCCAGCUGGUCACUAGACAUCCUCCUUGUCAGAUAUCUCCCCAACCUUGUCUCACAUGAAAUGCACAGAUGCUGUCCCUUGCCCUAUCAGAUCCCAGUUCCUUCUCUUCCCUACCUGCCUUUCCCAAGCUUGGCGCGAUCCUCCUACCCUAGUGUGGACUCUUGUUUUUGUCUGAUUUCUUGUCAAAUUGUUAUUUUGUAAAGAGCUGCGUCUCCUUAUUAAAGAAAUGAGCUGAAAGAA